AUGAGGGGACGGCCAAAACUAACCAAAACUAUCAGUCGAAGUCAGUUUUUCUGGUUAUUCUAUCUAUCUAUCUAUCUAUCUAUCUAUCUAUCUAUCUAUCUAAUACUUUUUCUUAUCUAUUUGUCUUUUCUUAUCUAUCUAUCUAUUCAUUUAUCUAUCUAUCUAUCUCUCUAUCUAUCUAAUCUAAUUUCUUAUCUAUCUAAUAUAUUUUCUUAUCUAUUUGUCUUUCUUUAUCUAUUUGUCUAUCUAUCAUAUCUAUCUAUCUAUCCAUGCAUCUCAUCUAUCUAUCUAUCUAUCUAUCUAUCUGUGUCUAUCUAUUUGUCUUUCUCAUCUAUCUCUCUAUCUAUCUAUCUAUCUAUCUAUCUAUCUAAUAAAAAUAAUCUAUCUAUCUAUCUAUCUAUCUAUCUAAUACUUUUUCUUAUCUAUUUGUCUUUCUUAUCUAUCUAUCUAUCUAUCUAUCUAUCUAUCUAUCUAAUACUCUUUCUUAUCUAUCUAUCUAAUACUUUUUCUUAUCUAUUUGUCUUUCUUAUCUAUCUAUCUAUCUAUCUAUCUAUCUAUCUAUCUAUACUCUUUCCUAUCUAUCUAUCUAUCUAUCUAUCUAUCUAUCUAUUUUUUCUUAUCUAUUUGUCUUUCUUAUCUAUCUAUCUAUCUAUCUAUCUAUCUAUCUAUCUAUCUAAUACUCUUUCCUAUCUAUCUAUCUAUCUAUCUAUCUAUCUAUCUAUCUAUCUAAUACUUUUUCUUAUCUAUUUGUCUUUCUUAUCUAUCUAUCUAUCUAUCUAUCUAUCUAUCUAUCUAUUAUCUAUUAAUAGACUUUCUUCUUCUAAUUUUUCUUAUCUAUUUGUCUAUUAA